UUCACUACAACCGUCGCGUUGAAAGGUACCCUGUCAACAAACAAUAUACGCGCCAAAAGAAAGUGAUCGAAAAGUUACCUUUUAAGUGAAUUUAAAUGUUGUUAGAAUUAAACGUUGAUUUUAUCGAUUGUAUAAUUGUUUAACGAAUUAGAAAGUGAGGAAGCGAGUAAACUAAUUGCAGCGACUGUUAAUGUGCUUGUGCUUGUUUGUGUGAGGAAUUAUCUGUAUUAGAUAUUGCGGCGAGAGUCGGGCGCGGUCACCCAUCCAUCAGUUAUAAUGUGAAUCAAAAUGUUGCUAAACAUCUGCAAGUCAUGCCAGUAUUGUCUGGAGACGAUGUAUUGGAAUUGCUGCGAGGAGAGAUUCUGUUUUGAUAAGAAAAUCGCCACUUACAAGUUGGACGACAAUGUAACGUCAGUAUACACGAAUGGCGUCACCAACCUGGGCGCCAGUCUGGAGAGCGUGGUGACGCAGCAGCCAUACAACAACAACCAUCUCCCUCCUACAGCUGUGGUGGGAAGGGAGGUGAAAGAGAUGCCUAUACAUGCUGAUAAGAUUUACGAAGUGUUCUCAAAAUCUCUGAUAUUCAGAGAAGACCAUGAGCUGAAAUCUAAAGGAAGUUUAGAUAGCCUCGAUGAUGUCGAGACCAAAUCGGAACCAGACUACCUCUCCGAUAGACCGAACAGAACGAAGGUCUACUUCGAAGACGAAGUGGACUCACCCGUUACUGAUUUUGAGAUUAUGUUCAAAGACGAACUUCUAGCUAGCUAUGAUAUGUUUAAAAUAGACGAAGAAGAAGAAGAUAGUAAGAGUCAAGAUACAGAAGAAGGACUUACAAUGAGCGUAUCAGUUAAGAAACAAGACGUAAUCAAACCGAGUACGGUGACUUUGAAAGGAGAACCAAAAAUGACGACACCCAAUUCAAUAUACCAAUACGACCCGAUAUCAGUUGUACAACUACCAACCAAUCUAUCUCUACCAAGAGUUGAAAGUGUCAAAGGUAUUUUAAGACAGAAAACAGAUAUUAACAGAAGCGAUAGUGUAAGGACUUUAGAAAGAGUUGACAGUAACAAACUCCUAAAAUCGACAUUGAGUAGAGUGGAAAGUCUCAAGAAUAUUGAUCCUAAUAAGAUAAACAAGGUACUAGCGAGAGUACCACACAGAAGCGCAUCUUUCUUGAACAUUCCAGAACAUUUAACACCAACUAAACCUCCUCUAAUGAAGAGUAAAUCGACAGUAGGAGUGACGUCAUUAGCAGAGAACGAAUUGAAAUUAAGUCAACUCCCAGACACACCUAUUAUUAGGAGUAACAACCUACCAAGAUUCUUCGCGGAUAGUCCUUCUUUACCUGAAUAUAAGGGCGAAACUAGCUUGCAGAGUAUAAAACAGAAGACAGCGUUAAUGUUCCAAGAGAAUGAUUUCAGUAUGCCGAGAUACUAUGGAGGUUUGAAACCAUUGGAGCCACCGCCAGUUCAUGAAAGUAAAUCAAUGCCCGAUCUAAGGAAUCCUACGUCGAAUGUUAAAGCGAGUAAACGAUUGGUCAAACUUAGAAGUAGAUUGAAGCCUUUAGUUAUAAGGAAGAGUUCCGACGAAAGACUGUGAGCUUAGAAAAAAGGUAUUUUGUGCCCCGCAAUUCAUUUUGACUUAAAAAAUGAGGUCUUAUGUGCACUUUUGUGCACUUUAAAAUAUGUGACUCAUGAUUUUAAGCUGGUUUCCUAUUGAUCAUGAUUUCCUAUUAUUUGGUAUUUAUAAUGACUUAAAAAAACCUCGAAAAGGACCUUUUACAAAUUAAUCAUGAUUAUAUCUUUCUCUCUCAUAUAUCGCCUUAUCUCUCUCUUUCAUUUUACGUUCUUUCUCUAUCAUUAAAUUAUUUUUAAAUCCAUGCUAUCAAGGCACUUCUAGUUCUGAAUAUCUUUGUUUCUCGUUACUCCUAUUGGAUUACCGAUCAAUCGGUCCAAUGGGAAUUAUUCAUUGGGUCAAUUGAUUCUUUGGAUUCGAUCGGCCCAACGGGAAACGCCCGUUGGUAUUUAUAUAAUAUAUUUGACGAUAUACUUGAAACUAUUUGAAAUCAAAUGCUUUUAUUUUAUUUAAAGUUACGCUUUAACAUGUACUUGGUGCUACAGAUAUUGGAAAAAAUAGUACAUUGUACUUUUUUUUAUUUCAAUGUGUGAUUUAUAAAUGUUACUUAUUGAUACUUUAUCUUGAUCACAAGUGAGGUGUAAACAAAUGGUCAGAGUUGUCAUUUAUAUCAUGACAUCAAAGUUGUGUAAACCAUUCUAUCUAUAUGUUGUAAGUCUAUGGUAUGAUCUUUAUAAUUGCUAAAAGAUAUUUGUUUCGUUAUCUUUACUAACUUAUUUAUAAUUUUAAGUUUCUAUUUUAUACAAGUGUUACCAUUUUCAACUUAAUCCGAUAUUUGUUAGUUAAUUCAUUCUAUAAAAUUUCGAUUUAAAACGACUAGAGUAAGUUAAGGACUAAAAUGUUAGUUAAGUUGUAAAUAAGUAGAAGCUAAGCUAUAGUUAAAUUGGAAAUGACUUUAACUCAAAAAAUUACAGUUUUGCUUUUUUGUUGGAAAAAUUAUUGACAAUUGAAUACCUGUACUUUGACAAAAUAAAUAUGACAUAAGGCCUGCUACAGACGAGCAGUUAUUGGUUAAAAAAAAAUAUUUGUUAUGUAUGUCUCAAAAUAUUAAAAUUAACACAUGUACUUUUUAAUAACGAAUCAUCAUCGACUUGCCCUUAUCCUGGGCUAUGCCCUUAUAGAUGGACUAUGCCCUUAUAGAGGGUCGGCACAGUAUGUGCUCUUCCCUACAUGUCAGCCGUCAUAUCUGAAUCUUAUCAAUCUGUUUUUAACAACGAAUAUUUAGAUUUAUAAGUUUAUGCAAUUUGUUAUCCACCGUUUUCAUUUAAGUGUAAAUAUUACACCCAGAGUCAUUUAGUCGUCACUAAGAGUGCCGCUUAGUGUAGAUUUAUAAAGCGAUUGUACUUAACUAUUAAAGGACUCUAAAUUGUCUCUAAAUAUACGAGUACUAAAAUAAUCGAGAGUUAUAACUUUAGUAGCAAUUGUUUUAACACAGUUGUUGUUAUCUCUGUUUUGUUAAAGGAAAUAAUUGAAAUGGCAAUAUGUUUUGUGUAAAUGUUUCGCCAGUGGAAACGAACGGUAUGAUCAAUUUGUAAUAGUUGUACUAUGUCUAGUCAAAAGUGUGAAAUAAAGAUAUUUAAUGAAA